CCUCUCCCCCUCCCCUUCCCUCCGCUUUCGUUACCCCGCCCCGAUCCCGCCCCCGCCGCCACUGCGGAGCCCGACACGCGAGAGCCCGGUUUUUCCCCGCAGCUCCAGCCUCCCGCCGCAGAGUCGCAUGUCCUCUAUCCAGAACCUCCAAUCCUUCGACCCCUUUGCUGAUGCAACAAAGGGUGACGACUUACUCCCGGCAGGGACUGAGGAUUACAUUCAUAUAAGGAUCCAGCAACGAAACGGACGAAAAACACUAACAACUGUUCAGGGAAUUGCAGAUGAUUAUGACAAGAAGAAACUUGUGAAGGCUUUCAAAAAGAAAUUUGCUUGUAAUGGUACUGUGAUUGAACAUCCUGAAUACGGUGAAGUAAUCCAGCUUCAAGGUGACCAGAGGAAGAACAUAUGCCAGUUUCUCUUGGAGAUUGGCAUUGUUAAGGAAGAACAGCUGAAAGUUCAUGGUUUCUAAAAUACACGUAGUCUGAUGAAGAACCCUGCAGUAUUUUGUCUUGCUUAGCCUGCCUUUUCUGUGGAAAAUGAAUCUCUGCAGUGAAUGGACUUCCCUGUUACCUGAACACUUAAAAUUUGAUUCAGACUUGCAUGGGUGGAUGAAACAUGUAGUGUGUAAAUUAGAAACACAUAAAAAAACUUCAGUAAGGUGGUAAUGAAGACACUUGCGAACUUAAGCACAUUUCCAGUGGAAAUGUUUUAGUCUUGAUUGUUCAGUUUACUACUACACCCGACUUAAGUGUGUGGGUUGUAUAAAAGUAGUGUGUUGUUGCUUGAAAAUAAAAGUUUAUUCAUAUA